GAAUUUUCCUCGGAAGAAUACCAAAUAGAAAGCUUACAACAUUCAUGUAUAAUAGAACGCGCCGGUAGCGCUGCCGCAUCGCGCUGAUAGAAGGAAUAUGUCGAUGUGGAAUAGGAAAAAUUCCGUAGCUAUACAAUCGCAGGCGGCGCAAAACUUCAAGCCCGAUGUUUCCACGGAAGAAAGGAAAAGACAUAAAUGGCUACGGCCACAGACUUCUGUAGGGUCCGUCUCUUGGAGUUCAUGUGACAGUACAGCUAGCUACACGGACAGCUAUUCCUCCGACGAAGAUGAUGUUUCUCCUAGGGACAGACCACAGAAAAACAGCAAAGGAACCAGCGAUUUUUGUGUUAAGAACAUUAAACUUGCUGACUUUGGUCGCAGAGAAAUUGAAAUAGCAGAGCAAGAAAUGCCUGGUCUUAUGCUCCUACGUAAAAGGAAUUGUACUGACAAGCCGUUAGAAGGUGCCAAAAUCGUCGCCUGCACCCAUGUCACCGCCCAGGCAGCCGUUCUGAUAGAAACCCUGAUGGCCCUAGGAGCUCAAAUUCGCUGGUGUGCCUGCAAUAUCUAUUCCACACAAAAUGAGGUUGCUGCAGCCAUGGCUGAGUCUGGACUAUCCAUUUUUGCAUGGAAGGGAGAAUCUGAAGAGGAUUUCUGGUGGUGUAUAGAGAAAUGCAUUACAUCUAAUGGCUGGCAACCAAACAUGGUUCUAGAUGACGGAGGCGAUGCCACUCAUCUGAUGUAUAAAAAAUUUAAUGGAACAUUUAACACACUUAAAGGCAUUGUGGAAGAAAGUGUCACCGGAGUUCAUAGACUGUACCAGCUAUCAAAGCAAGGGAAGCUCACAGUUCCUGCAAUGAAUGUCAAUGAUUCAGUAACAAAGACAAAGUUUGAUAACUUGUAUUGUUGCAGAGAGUCCAUCUUAGAUAGUUUGAAGAGAACAACAGAUGUGAUGUUUGGUGGCAAGCAGGUGCUUGUUUGUGGCUAUGGAGAGGUGGGCAAAGGUUGUUGUGCCGCCCUUAAGGGAUUAGGAGCCAUUGUUUAUAUUACAGAAAUUGACCCUAUCUGUGGCCUCCAGGCAUGCAUGGAUGGUUUCCGAGUGGUGAAGAUUGAGGAAGUGUGUAAACACAUCGACAUCCUCAUCACGUGCACAGGAAAUAAAAAUGUGGUGACAAGGGAACACUUGGACAGGUUGAAGAAUGGUUGUAUUGUCUGCAACAUGGGUCACUCCAAUACAGAAAUUGAUGUGGCAAGCUUGAGAACAUCUGACCUAGCCUGGGAAAAGGUCAGAUCACAAGUUGACCACAUCAUCUGGCCUGACAAGAAAAGGAUUGUCCUUCUGGCUGAGGGGCGUCUUGUGAACUUGAGCUGCUCUAGUGUACCAUCAUUUGUCGUCUCCAUAACAGCAACCACCCAGGCCAUAGCACUAAUAGAAUUAUACAAAGCCCCACCCGGGCGCUAUAAGCAUGAUGUCUACCUGCUACCUAAAAAAAUGGAUGAGUAUGUUGCAAUGUUGCAUUUGCCAACAUUUGAUGCACAUUUAACUGAUCUGAGUGAUGAUCAAGCUAAAUAUCUUGGAGUGAAUAAGAAUGGACCUUACAAGCCCAAUUACUACAGAUACUGAUGGCUAGGACAAGAAAACAGAAAGCCUGUUAAUUUAAAUUCCUGUCUUCGACCUCUAUUUAUCAUCAAGAAGAUAUGGUAUCCCAGGCUGCCGUGUGUGGCCCCUACCCUAUGCCAAUGAUUCUUGGCAAUACCUUGCAGACUGAAUUUCUGACUCUGCUCACUGGUGGUCGAAGGCAUCACCUUACUUGGCUUAGUGAUUUUAAAAGUGUUAUUUAUUAAUCUGGAGUUCUUCUCUGUAAUAUUACUAUUUCCUAUCUGAUUCAUACGUUUUUAAGGCCCCAUAAUAUAACCAAUAUGCUGCUGAUUCUUUACUUUUUUCAAGAUGUAGAUUUUUUCACAGAUUGUCUUUUUCUAAAAAAAAAACAUCACAAAGCUAGUGUGACAUGAAAACUGACUUGUUUUAUCUAUGUUUUAUAUUUGAAUUCAAGUUUAAUAUGAUGUAAAAUUAAACUUGGACACAUCAGUAGAGUUAUCAGAAACAGCCCCCAUAGUAAACUUACCUAUGUUAUAAUGCAGUACAGUUGCAUUGCCAGUGCUAUUCUAAGGAGUAAUACACACAAAUAAGAUGUAAAAAAAAACCACUAACCCCCUUCAUGUCAUGUAAAAACUUCCAAAUCCGAUGAAGGACAUUCUAUGGCACUAGAUACCUUUACCAUGGGUGUAUUAACAUUGCUAUAUUGAAGUUAUGAGAUGUUAUAAAUAACCGUAGUACUUAGAGCUGUAUUUGGGAAAAAUCCACUAGAUCAAGUAGUUUCUUAGAUGAGAAAUGUAAAUAAAACUAAUUCUGAAUUCUGGUUACACUACACAAGUUUUAGUUAAAAGGAUAUAUUCAGAGAAACAAAAACAAAAAAAGAAAAAAAAGAGACGUUAAAAAAGGAAACAUUGCUAUCUUUGGAGAGCAUGGUUUGAUUAGGCUCAUAUUCUUUUAAUAAUGUAGUUUUUUAAUGGUGCCGGCUGCCAGCUUUAUUGCAUAAGUAUUUUUUUUUUUUUUUGCUGUUAGCUCAAGAAAUAAUGUAAUGCUUUUUAUUUGCAUUUCUCUCGUUGUAUUUUCUUGAGAUGCAUUUGUAGGUAUUUUGACUAGACGGUUUAUGGUGUUAGCUAUGGUACUGCGGAUUGCCCUCUAUCAGUUUUUGUUGGUUGGAACAGGUGCUAGAAGGGGAGAACAUUGAACAAGAAGCAUAUGCAAGCAGAGUUGGGUUGCUCCAAAAUUAGGCUAUUGGCCUUGGCUGGUUCUUAGAAAAUACAGGUUAUGGCACAAGGAGAAUUUUGCUCUCGUGCAUUCCUUCUAAAAUUUCUGAAUGGGUUGGGGCUGUGGGGAGCACCAGCCCCAAUAUGGAUCCCUUGAUCCACCACUGAAUUAAUGCCAGGAAUUUACCAUACAGGAAAAGAUAAUUCAUUUGACACCACUUGAGCCAACUGAACUAACCAAGAAACCAAUUAUCACCAAUUUCACACCAUAAACUUUCUAGUUGUUAGGUAAUAAACUAGGUAUAGGUAACCAAUACUAAAUACUGCAAUUCCCAUGAAUGUUGCAUACAGUAGCUCUCGGAGGUCGUAAUUGAUGACAAGAAUGUGGCUGGUAAGAGGAAUGUCUGACUUUGGCUGUCAGGUGAUUAUGCAGAAGUUAAUUGUUAAAGAAUGAAUUUAUGGUGUGGGUUGCACCUUACAGCUAAUAAAAGACAACAAUUGUUGGA